AUGUCCGCCGUGCUGAACGCGUUCCUGCGGUGCGUCGCGUUCCUGCUACCGCCCUCUUGGCUUCAGUUUUGCUGGUGGGUUGGGGAGGCGUCAUGGCCCAAUCACCGAGCUCGAUUCAAACACACAAAGCCUCUUACAUAUGAGGAAGUAGCAGCUGAAGAACGCAAACCCUUCCCCUCUUCCUUCUCUGACACUCCUACUACGCCGCCUGAACACUUUCCGUGGCGCCGAUUCUGGACGUUCUGGUCCGCCGCGGAGGGCAUCCUGACGGCUCCGUUUGCUCUUCACAAGCGCUUAGGAACUUUGUAUCCGUCUUACAGCCUCGCACUCGGUUCCCCAUCAAGCGCAGAGUCUAGCGGAGCCGCGGAAGAGGACUCGUUCACGGCGGAGAUCAUGAGCGCCACCGUCGAGCAGCAGCAGCGGCUGUCAGACGCGCCGGACUCGGACAAACACCUGCGGGAAAUGAAUGCUCCGGUGACCAUCAUUGUCGCGAUCCAGGUGGCGGAAGACGAGGAACCAGACGAGGAGGCUUCAUCCAACACAAUCGAGCUCCACACGGGCAGCGGCAGUGAAGACGAGAUCGGAAGACACGAUAAAUCCAGUGGUGCUGGUACCAGCGGUGGAGAACUCGAGGAGGAGAGCUGGCAACCUCCUGAUCCAGAGCUCAUCCAGAAACUGGUAGCACAGAUUGAAUAUUAUCUGUCUGAUGAGAACCUGGAGCACGAUGCAUUCCUGCUGAAACAUGUUCGCCGCAAUAAGCUUGGCUUCGUCAGCGUCAAGCUGCUCACAUCCUUUAAAAAGGUAAAGCAUUUGACGCGGGACUGGAGAACCACUGCGUAUGCCUUGCGGCACUCAAACCUGCUUGAACUGAAUGAUGAGGGCCGUAAAGUGCGUCGCAGGUCAACUGUACCAGUGUUUGCCAGCGAGUCUUUGCCAAGUCGCAUGCUGCUGCUCAGUGAAUUGAAGCGCUGGCCGGAGCUGGGCAUGGCACUUGGCGGCGAGGGGAAUGGAGGCAGUGGAGCUGGACCGACCCAGCAGGAGUGUCUAAUGGAGCUUCUACUGAAGGCAUUUGGAAACUAUGGCCCAAUAUCCUCAGUGCGGGUUUUAAAACCUGGCAAAGACUUGCCAGCUGACCUGAAGAAACUUAGUGGCCGGUAUUCGCAGCUGGGUACAGAGGAGUGUGCCAUUGUUGAGUUUGAAGAGGUGGAGGCAGCCGUGAAGGCCCAUGAGGCAGUUGGGGGAGAAGGAGACAGUAGAGGCCCGUUGGGUCUGAAAGCCGUUCUAAUCGGCACCAAACCACCCAAGAAAAAGGUCUUGAAAGACAGACCGCGAGAGGACGGCGUCAGUGGCAUGCGGAAGAGUCGCUCGCUGAACAGUCGUGUUCGGGAGUUGCAGUAUCAUGGUGAUGACUCUGCCGCAAGCUCUUCAGAAACUGAGAGCAACCCCACAUCCCCGCGGUUGGCCCGCAAGUCCCGUUCCUGCAACAAGCUCAGUCCCACUAGCGCAGGUCCCAACCACCUUAGUCCAGUGGUAUCCCCGCGCUCAAGCCCCUGGAGCAGCCCGCGGGCCAGUCCCUGCACCCAACGCAAAACGCACCACUCUGGCAAAUCUCUUUUGGUUAACGAGGGCAGGUUGAGCCCUGAACCAGGUCGGCGCUGGGCGGACUAUUCCUCUGACAGCAGCCUGACGCCCUCAGGCAGCCCCUGGGUCCAGCGCAGGAAACAAGUGGCUAGUCAGGAGAGCAGCCCAGUAGGAAGUCCCAUGCUCGGCAGAAAGAUCCAGAAUGCAGACGGUCUUCCCCCAGGUGUGGUGCGGCUCCCUAGGGGACCUGAUGGCACACGCGGGUUUCACUUAGCUCCCUCUGGUGGUGACUGGGGCAAGACUGCAUCCACCCAAACCUGACUUCAGCUCUAAACCACCCACCCCAUCACUCGCCCUACUGUUGCCCAUUGGACCCUCAAACUCUGUUGCACUGUUGGAAUGAUCAUUUUUCACCAUCUCUGUAGGACUGGCCUGUCUUUUGAAAUACCUUUUCUAUAUGCAGUAUUUUUGUUAUCCUUUUAUAUAUCUUAAUUUGUCUAAUUUCAGAUUUGAUAGUAUUACAACAAGGGAAGCUGUUUUGAAAGUAUUUAAGUUUUAAAUCACCCUAAUAUAUUUUCUGUUAAUGUUGCUAUAAGGAAUGUGAAGGGAUUAUCCUGGUACCUUUUUGUGUCAUUUAUAACGUACGUGUCUGACUCCCAUGUAAAAUGUGGUAAAUGUAUUACUGGUGUGUGUGUGGGUCAUAGUUUGGGCAUUUGGUUUUCAGUAACCAUCUACCUGUCUGAUUAAUUGAGCAAGUGUGGCCAUAAUCUCUGGAACCCCCUGCACUGGACCAAAUGAUGAUCUCUGAUGCAAUAUUUUCUUUUAUUUGUCUCAAGCUCGUUUUUUCUUUUCUGAAUUUAAAUGUGCUUCUCAUUUUAGUGAUUACUUAUUAGCUGGGAUCUAUAUUUUGUCUAUUCUUUGGGUCGAGUCCUCUUCUGCUUCCUCUGAGUGUAGCAUACAGUGGACAAAUGUUUGAGGUUUCUGUCCUAAGCACAUAUUGUCCCAUGUUUGCCCUGAGUGGAGUUCAGGCACUGCACAGUCUGCUUCCUAUUGUACAAAUAAAUCACUACAA